CAUCUUAGCACCUACUCUGUACCCCGAACGUUAAAACCGCCCCUUCUCUCUCUCUCAAUUUCUCUCUUUGGCUGCCUUAUAUAUAUAAACACUGCUUUCCCUACAAUUUCACAUAAACUAAAGCCAACACAAAAGCAUAAAAGAUUAACCAAGUAUUUGAAACCCUCUUCAUUUGUUCUUCUCAUGUUUUCCUGAAAGAGUUUUUCCGGGAAAUCAAAGUGAAAGAAAUAGGAAAAAGAAAGAACUUUGUCUUUUGGUUUGAGAAAUUUUUGUGUCUGUAUUGCUACAGGGAGCAAUUUGGGGUUGUGGGUUUGUAUGCAAAUUGGAAUAGUUUAGAGACUUUUUAUUCAUGGCGAUGGGACCAGAAAGAUCGAAGCCGCCUCUACACAAUUUCACCUUACCUUAUGGGCUCAAGUGGGGGAACCAGAAGUUCUUAAGGUGCGCUAAGGUUGAAUCCGACGGACAAAUCUUCGCCGUUCAUCGCAGGUCAUAUGGGUCUGAGUUGAUCGGACGGCGCCGAUCAAAUGAUCGGAAAUUCAGGUCACCGGAAAAAGAGGAUGCCGGUGAGGGAAUCGGAGCUGUGAGAGAGAAACUCAUGUUUGAUCUCCAAACAGAAGCUGAUAAGAUAAAAGACGCAAUUUUUAGAGAAGGUUUGGAGGAGCAACCGGAGAAGGAACUGUCUCCGGUGCCGGUGAAAACGGCAGCUGUAUCAUAUGCCGGUGAAUUGUCCAGGCCGUGGAACUUGAGGACUCGGCGUGCGGCUUGUAAGGAGCCUAAUGGAUUCGUUGCCGGUGCCGGCGCCGGCGGAAGUGGUGGAUCGAAAGGAGGGUUGAAGAUUGAUGCUAAUAGAACUAAUGCUCCGUCACCGUUAAGGACGGAAAACAAAUCCCCGACACUUCGAAGUGAUUUUGCCGGUGGAACGGCUGCCGGAGCUUCUACCAGCGGUGAGAAGAGACAGAGAGUGAAGUUUUCGGUUCCUCUUCCUCGAGGAGAGAUCGAGGAGGAUUUCAUGGCGAUGGUGGGACAUAGACCCCCUCGUAGACCCAAGAAACGAGCUAAAUUUGUUCAAAAGAAUUUGGAUACGUUAUUUCCGGGGUUGUGGUUGACGGAAAUUACACCUGACUUAUACAAAGUUCCUGAAGAUCAGUAGAUUGAAAAGAUGGGAAGUUGGAAGCAUGUUUUUUUUUCUGACGAAGGAUUACAUUUGUGACUGAUUGACCAGUGUAGUGGUUCAUCUGAAUUUGGAAAUUUUGAUGAAAUCAUUGAAUUUCCUCAGGUAAGAGAAGGAGUAUAGAAAGGAGAAAGUUUUGUUGCUCUGGUAGAUGCUAAUUCUGUUAAAAUGAUUCGAUUUGUUCAUAAUUUUCUUUGUUUAUGUUCAUCAGAAUAAGUUUAACAUAGUAGGUAAGUUCUCAGAUGAAAGACAAUUGUUCACAAUGUGAGCUGAAUUUUUAAUGUUUCAAGUGCAGUACUUACUACCUUGUUCCCGUUCUUCUGUAAAUUCAAUUGUUUGUAUUCAUAUAGCAGUAGUUCUUCUUUCUUCUGUGUGA